CCGGAACAUUUUUGGCCUAGACUGAAGAGCCAUGAACACACCUCAAUCGAUGGCAAUAGGGUGGGGUACCCUCUUGAUUGCCGGUGUUGGUUCUUUCUACUUUGCAAAGAAAGAAAUAGACGAGCGCCGCAGGUUGCAAAGAGACGCAGGUGUCCGGCCCACAGAGAAAAAACAGUGGUAUGAGAGGUUAGAUGACCCUCCAGCGGAGCCGGCCACCCCAAAAUCCAGUAACGCGACAAAUCCACCGCCCAACGGAUCUGCUUCAAUAAAAUAGCGAACCCCAUUAACCCUGUCAUGAUUACAAAGGCUAUACAUUGACUACUUUUACUGCCGCCUCAAUCUCAGCGCCUUGGCUUGAUCCAUCAUAUAUGCAA